AUGAUAAGAAAAAGAUAUUGGAACAUUAAUUUGGAAGAGAUGCUGCAAGCAUCAGUUCAUUUUGGUCAUGGUAUUAAAAAAUGGAAUCCGCGAAUGGCACCUUAUAUCUCUGCAACAUGUAAAGGUAUUCAUAUUACAAAUCUUACUAGGACUGCUCGUUUUUUAUCAGAAGCUUGUGAUUUAGUUUUUGAUGCAGCAAGUAGAAGAAAAGAAUUCUUAAUUGUUGGGACAAAAAAACAAGUCGCGGAUUCGGUAGUACGAGCUGCAAAAAAAGCUCGAUGUCAUUAUGUUCAUAAAAAAUGGAACGGCGGAAUUUUAACAAAUUGGUCCCAUACAGAAAUGAGACUUCGCCAGUUCAGAGACUUGAGAAGGGAACAAAAGACAGGUGGAUUCGACCGUAUUAAAAAAGGGAAUCCGGCUCGAUUGAAGAGACAGUUAUCUCGCUUGGAAAGAUAUCUGGGCGGGCUAAAAUAUAUGGUGCGACUGCCCGAUAUUGUAAUAAUCAUUGAUCAGCAAAAAGAAUAUAUAGCUCUUCGAGAAUGUAUCACUUUGGGAAUUCCAACGAUUUCCUUAAUUGAUACAAAUUGUGACCCGGAUCUCGCAGAUAUGCCGAUUCCUGCAAAUGAUGAUAGUAUACCUUCAAUCCGAUUCAUUCUUAACAAAUUAGUAUUUGCAAUUUGUGAAGGUCGUUCUAGCUAUAGACCAGAGCCCUGA